AUGGACUUCUAUUUCCCAUACGCUCUCGCAGCUCUACCAGAAACACUCUCCACUCAAUGGGACUCUCCAUCCUUCCUCCCUUAUCGCUCUGCCUUCCCGCCUGAACACGCCUCUACCCCUGACGCACUCCUUUCUCAUGUCCGCGAUCUCAUGGCUCAGGAUCUCAAGAUCCCAUACCUCAAAUCUCUCCAAGGUUAUCUCUGGCUUCGUGGUUAUGAAUCGGGCGAAUUGAAGUGUCCACUUUUCCCAGAUGUAUACCCAACGAUGGAGAAGUGGAGAGACAAUGGAGCAAAGAUUUGUAUCUAUAGUAGUGGGAGCGUGGCAGCGCAGAAGUUGUUGUGGAGAUAUACGACUGAAGGGGACUUGAGGGGUUGCAUUUGGAAUGGGCUUGAAGGGCAUGGUGGGAGAGAGCUUGAAGGCGGAUAUUGGGAUACCGUUAAUGCGGGGCUGAAACAGGAUAUGACGAGUUAUGAGAAGAUUGCCAAGGCGAACAAUGCGUUGGGUGAGGUGGGUGAGUGGUUAUUCUUGAGCGAUAACAUCAAGGAGGUGAGAGCCGCAAAGGAAGCUGGAAUGAAGAGUUUCGUGGUGGUUAGAGAGGGGAACGCGGAGGUUACUGCGGAGAGGGAGGGGCAGCUUCUUGUGGAGAGCUUUGGAGAGGUUGAGAAGUGGGCUGAGGUUACUGCUGAACAAGGAUGA